CCAGAUUAUGCUAGGCGCACCCAAAGCCCUACCCACAAAACCUAUCCACGUUUAAAUACAUCACAAUCCACCAAACGAAAACCCUAACCCCUCACCGUCGCCCAUCCAUUUCUCCGCCUCCGGUAGACAAGAGUGUGUGUGUGUGAGAUAGAGAGAGAAAAAUGGUGUCCGGCUCAGGGAUCUGCGCGAAGAGAGUGGUGGUAGACGCCAGGCACCACAUGCUCGGCCGCCUCGCUUCCAUCUUGGCCAAGGAGCUGUUGAAUGGACAGAAGGUAGUCGUUGUACGCUGCGAGGAAAUCUGCCUUUCCGGCGGACUCGUGCGCCAGAAGAUGAAGUACCUGCGUUUCCUUCGCAAGCGUAUGAAUACCAAGCCUUCCCAUGGCCCCAUUCACUUCCGCGCACCUUCCAAGAUUCUGUGGAGGACGAUUCGUGGGAUGAUCCCUCACAAGACCAAACGUGGAGAAGCUGCUCUUGCUCGUCUGAAGGUUUAUGAGGGUGUACCACCACCGUAUGACAAGAAGAAGAGGAUGGUUAUUCCCGAUGCCCUCAAGGUUUUGAGGCUUCAAGCUGGUCACAAGUACUGUUUGUUGGGCAGACUCUCUUCUGAAGUUGGAUGGAACAACUACGAUAUCAUCAGGGAAUUGGAGAAGAAGAGGAAAGACAGAGCCCAGGUAGUUUAUGAAAGGAAGAAGCAGUUGGCGAAAUUGAGAGUCAAAGCUGAGAAAGUUGCUGAAGAGAAGCUUGGUGCUCAACUUGAUAUUAUUGCUCCAAUCAAGUACUAAAUUAAGGACAUAAUAGUUAUUUUCAAAUGACAGGUUUGUUGGUUAACAAUGAUGUGUCUGAUGGAGUUGGCUGUGUUAGAUUUGAGUUCCAUUUGAUUUGUCUUAUUUUUCUGGAGUCCGAUGCCUUAUUUAUCAGAAAUCUUUUCGACUCUUUUAUUCAGAAACAUGGAAUUUUGUAUUUUUGCAUAUCGUCUUUUCAAUAGUUGGAUGUACUUGGAGCUUAUAUUUGUUACCAUUUAAGACUUGUUAAAUUUUGUGUCAUGUUUUGAGUGAGAUUUGGUGUCAGUCGUGCUUGUGUGAUUGUUUCGAGUGAGAUUGUCAUGCUUAUGAUUGAUUGUCAGCAAUAGUGAUGAAUCUCCUAAAAUGUUCUUUUAGUGGAAAAAGAUUAUGAAUUUUUUUAUUAGUUUAAGCGGCUUUGAAAAUGUUUGAAUAGUUUGAUUAUGCUGUGUUCAUGUAAUGUUUGAAUAGUUUGAUUAUCUGUGUUGCCACAUGAACUGUAGCUUGUGAUACCCCAAUUCAAUAAAGUUGAUGGAAAUGUUUGCAUUUGGUCCAAA